UCGUGAACUUACGAUGGAGGUCUUUAACGGCACGUACCAAGAGGAUAAGAUUGAGGAAGUGUCCAGUACGUGUAAGAUGCCCAAGGCACAACUUGUAGCCAUCAGUCCUGAUGGCAAAUUCUUCGCGAAACUUGAUGUAAUAUACGUCGCAAUAUCACGAGUUGUCAGAAGAGAUAUGACCAGGAGUAAUUUAAAGUCUUCGCCGGUGAGAAAAUUAUACGAAAUUUUACAUUGGAACGUCGAGGCAACGAAUCCAAGAGAUGACGAUGUGACUAGCGGUCGCACAGUUAUCUGUCGUGUGGAAUGUGGGAGUGGACCUGGAAAUGAUAAAUCACAUUUCGCAAUUCCCGUGUCGGAUCCUGUGGAGAUUAGAGGAAGGAAUUGUUAUUGUUUUAGGAUUGGUGGAAUCGUUACUAUUGUUCACGAGAGUGAUUAUCCUCCUUAUACAAAUGUCCAUGUCUCGGUUAUUAACGCCAAUGGAAUAAAAAAAAUAAGCCUGAGAGAACUGAAUACCGGAAUAAACAGACCAUUUGUCAGUCAUGUUAACUUUCCGGAAGCUUUAGAAGCCGAAACACCUGAAUCAUGCAUGACCAGGUUACACGCAUGUAUCUACCAUCGCUACUUCCUGCUGACACAAAUCAACAGUGGAGCUCGAAUGAUUGGAUUGUACGAUUUAUCCACCCUCGAGCCAAUACAAUACUUUGGUAUACUAGAACGAAACAUGAGGGAGCCCCCAAAUCAACCGAACGUCCAUUAUGCAAUAUCUAGUAAUAGGCAAUUGUUUGCAUUCUCGUAUGGUACCGGAGAAAUUAGAAUAUAUUGGAUGGAGAAUGGUUUGGAGGUUGGGUACCUAAUGUUGGGGGGAGAGAACGAACAAAAAAUCCGGUUACUUGAAUUUGUGGAAAAUGACGAAAAAUUAUUUAUCAUGGUUGAAGAAUAUAUUGUAGAAGAUCGCGGAAAAUCUUUAAGGAAACGAGACAUCAAGGAGGAAAUAGUUUAUGAAGAAAAAGGAGGGAAAAUCUAUUCGGUAUUUGAUCUAAAGGUCAUAGCCGAGUUUAUCAAGGGCAAAAGGUUAUCGCCGAAUUAUGUAGACAACCUCAUUGAAGAGGAGAAAUACAAUUUCGCUGGUGGCGAAAAGGAAGGGGGAAAGCAUGGAGUGACAAGAGGUCACUUCAUCAUUCAAAAACGAGGAUCUGAAUAUAUUAAACUUGAUGUUGACAAUAGUGAGCAGUUUAAACACGUUGUCAAAGAUGGGGAGCCAUGGGGACAAGAUAAAAAUUAUUUACAGACAUCGUGCUUCAUCGAUGACAAAGAAAACCUGCAACUUUUCAUUGGACGAAGUACGGUACAAGUGUGGAGGCGUAGUCUCGGAAAGAAAAAGCCAACGCUAGAGUAUAUUUGGACGAGUGAGGUUGAUCCCGAAGAGGAGGUCGAUAAAUCAUUGAAUAUUCGCAAAUUAAAAGUGGGCGAUAAAAGUUUCUUCUUGGAGGUUUAUUGGAAAAAAGGAAGUGCCGUGGAGAAAACAAAGGUCAUCCGGUGGCCCUGCAAGAACAGACACGUUAAGGCCGUAAAGCACGCAUGCAAGGCCUUGGGUCACCUUUAUUCUCGAAAGAAAAGGAUUAAGGGAUUGAAGAGAUAUCAAAAAUUCGAAAGAUUGAUCGAAAGCAUCACUUUUAUAAUCUGGAGAUUCAUCGAAGAAUAUCCCGAAGUUUGGAGAAUGAUGGAUAUUCGAUAUAAUGUUAUGGAUUGGCUUAUUCGUGGAAGGUCGUUAUUCUUGGUCAAGUAUAUUUUAUUUGGAAAUAAAGUAGAUAUUGAAAAAGGGGAAUCAAACAUAAGACGAAACUUGCAUAUACCGAGACUAACCAAAUGGAAAAAGAAAGGAAAUUCGAGGCAUUUCCAUCAUUUCGAUAUUGGUUGCCCAAGCAAUGCUCUCGAGUGGGCCAUUCAAAAUUAUGACGGAAUCUCUCGGAAGGAAACCAUAAUAAUCGGAUAUCUUUUAGAGUAUUACACCGACCGUGCAAAAUACCAUGUGGGAUGGAUGAUCACAGUAUCAAGAUGUGUUCCCAAGUUAUAUGAUAAAAGAUUGGACUAUUAUGCGGAGACCUUAUUUUAUAAGGAUUGUUUUGCGGGUCAAGAAAUUAAUGUGAAUUCGAAAACCUGGGGACUCCUGAGUCAAGAAUAUUUAAUAGGAUGUGGUAAAUCCAAAAGUAUAAAAGCUUUGCGACCUUAUUAUCUACGCCAUCAUUAUACCAAAUCUUCGAUCAUAAUCAGAUUUUUGAUACAUCUGGUGAAUCUAUGGAGAUGGGUUACCAAGAACUUUAUAGAUAUGUUUGGAAAUCUUUUCCAAGACUGGACUCGAGAUAAUGUGAGUUCCGAUAUUUCGUUACGAUUAGUCCCUUUGCCCAAAUUCAUACAAGAAUAUGGUGAUCAGUCAGAAAACAACGAGACAAUCACUGGGAAAAAAACAUUGGGACAAAUUCUGAGAUCAAUAAUUAUUCCUCAAGGUUACGGAAAAUCCAGUGAGUGCAUGAGUCCGUUGAUCAAAACGCUGAAGCAUGUCAGCCUGGAUACCACCAUUCUUGAUAACCCAGCCAUGGAAGCUGUGAUCAAUUACAAAUGGCAAGAAGCGAGAAACUACUUUCAAAGCUUAUUUUUUAUAUUCUUGGUAUACGCAGCUUGCUUUGGUAUCGUUUCCUGGGCGUACAUCACUCACGUCUCGGCCACGGGCGUCUACAGGAAUUUGAUGGUCUUUGUCAUUGCGUUAUUUUACUACUUGGCCUAUUAUCUAUUUGUUGUUGAAGUGCAACAAUUUUUAUUACAUGGGAUUAGAAAAUACUUCAACAUCUUUAAUUUUUUCGAUUUGAUUUCCCUGGUGGCGCCAGUCGUGGUGAUGUCAAUUAUGGUUUCUACUUCUUUUCAGUUUGAGGAUGCCUUCGGAAGUGUCACUUCAAAAAGAGAUCUCGUGAUAUCAAUAUCAUUCUCGGUUCUAACCCUUUGGGCGGAAUUUAUUCUUUAUUUGCGUUCUUACUCGGCCAUCGCGAUUUACAUCUAUAUGGUUUUUAGCAUUCUAAAAGAGGUGUGGCCGUUUCUGGCGUUCCUGGUCCUUGUGGUCAUUGGAUUUGCACAUGCAAUGUACAUAUUGCUAGCCCGCCCAACUUUUCUAAAUCUUAUUCCAAACACCAGUUCCUUUACGAUCACGAACACUACCACGAACACCACAAUUGAUGCAAAAAUCACAUCCGAUUUUGAUCCAAAUUUAUACACCGAUAAUCCAUAUUCUGAUUUUCUAACAUCCAUGGAGUAUACAUACCUAUGGCUAGGUGGCAAUUGGUCCCAAGAGGCUACCUGGGUAUUUUGGGCGGUUCAGGCAUUAUCAUUACUGGGCAGUAUCUUAUUGGUCACGGUGUUGCAGAAUCUGCUUAUCGCAUUGAUGGGCGGUGUGUAUUCCAAAGCGUCUGAAAAUAGUCACUCCGCUCUUCUUCGAUUUCGUGCCGAUCUAAUAUUGGAUUAUGAAAUAUUAGACAAAAUAUAUAUCUUUCCUCUAGAAAAAGAUCCUGAAAUAGUUUGGUUUUCCGGCUCAUCAAAGAGUAUCAAUGAAUGGUUGGAAAGUAGAAAGUUCAAGAGUGAAUGCUUGUACAAAAAGUAUGAGGACGAGUACAUCUGUGAUGAAUAUGAGUUUAAGCUUGAUAAAAAGAAUGCUAGGCAGGAUUCGGAUGAAUCUUUUUGGGUGUUUCCAGGUGAAGGGAAAAAGAUUGGAGAUAGAAAGGAAAUAAUGGAGCACGCGACGGAGGGGGUGGAAGAAAGUGAAGUAGCACAGCUGAAGAAAAACAUGGAUGAGAAAAUCAAAGAUUUACAAAACAACUUUAAUCAACUAUUAAAAUUAUUGCAAAAGGAAUGA